UUUUCAAAGUUAUGAGGGUGUUGUUUUCAAUAAGUAUACAUGAUAUGUCGAAAAGUGUUUGUGGCGCAUUACUAUAUGCGGAUGGAUAAACCGUUGAUAGUACAACCAUGCUGUGAUGCGUCCCCAAUCUAAGCGUGUCGUGUGUUUGGCGUGUGUAGCAAACGCAGCUGACAGGAGUAGGCCCCACCUUUUAGGUAAUGGGCGUUGUCCCCUUUUGAUGCGUCGGCCCCAAGCAUUUUGACGUCACUGUUGGGCAAAACAAUGAAGUCCAGCGACGACCAGGGCAGCUGUUUAAAAUUCGGAUCUCAAGAUUACAGAUUUUGGAGUAGGCGGAUCAUAGAAGUUCGGGGUGUUUUGGUUGCUGUGCAUUUGCAUCAAGCACGUGUUUCCUGUUAAGAAUUGUAGACAGAAGAGCAGGCGAAGCGAUCGUUUUCGACCUUCUAUGCAUAAAGGGCUGUGCAACACGUUUGCCAUUUCCCCUGAAUGUAAAGAUCACUGACAGCAAAGAAGACCGUGUCCUCAAUGGUGUUCAGGGUACCAGCUGUGAUGAACAAGGGGGAUGUCCGUGAGGUUGUGAUGCUGUGCGAGGAAUGCCACUCCAAGAUGCUGGCUGUUGGAGAGUUGUUGCUUAUAUCUUGUGAAGCUCGCCCCGUUUUCACUAACACUGAGGACAUGGAACUCACAACCUCAACUUUUACACAUUAUCGUGACAAAGUCAUUGAUAAGCUUAACCAUAUUCUUAUCACUUCCAGAGACAUAUCCUCACAGGUUCACUCAGGGAUUGUGCAGUGGAAGCCAUUUUGCAUCAGACUUCAAGAAAUGUCUGCCCUUGUAGUAAGUCUUACUGAGCUGAGCGCUCAUAUAGGUUAUCUUAUCGCUGUCAGCUUUCAUAAUUCCUGUGCUUCUGAACUUGGAGUGGUGAAUAAGUACAAGCUUCACCAAGCCAAGCUUGACUUGAAGUUUUGUUGUUCACGCCUAAAGCGAUCUUGUGUAGAUGACCUUGAACCUCACCUUCUGGUUGACCUCUGCUCCACCAUCUCCAGGGCAUUAUCAACCAUUACAGAAGUGUGCAAAUAUGCAAGUGAAAAUGCAAAAGAUCCAGAAAACCAGAAUCAGUUCAAGCUUUGUGUCAAAAGCAUCACAUCCACCACCAGCUGCUUGAUCUCCAGUGUCAAGUGCUUUAAAUCCAACCCUGGAGUUGGUCACUUGAGACGCAUCAUUGCAUUUUGUGAACCUGUGAUAGCAACAAGCAGUGCACUUGUUACCUUUGCUUCAGAGGAAGAGUUUGUAGGGUCACCAGCUGUCCUUGGAGAGAGUGCUGCAGAAACCCACAAGUCUGUACUUGGAGUGACCAUGAGCAUAGUAUCUGCCAGUGUCCAGAUGUGCAAAGCCAUUCGAGAUCUUGUCUAUGAUGUCAAUAAUUCUCGACAUCGUGAGCGGGUUCGUUUGUGUGUGGAUUCUAUUGAUAAAGCCUCAUCUAAACUCAGGGACUUUCUCCUGUCACACGAGUUCAAGCAAAAUUCAUCAGCCCCCUCAGUUACUCAAGUUCAAACAUCAGAAGCACUAACCCAAUCUGCACUGCCCCUUGGAUCGGUUACUGACGUUCAUAAGGCACAGUGCAAUUGAUGCCAGCUUGGAUGUAGCUUUUUAAGGGUGUUUUUACCCUGCAUGUGGGUGUGUAGAUGGACAGCAUAAACCAUCUGUUCACAGUUAAUUUACCAGUAUUGUCACAUACAGCCAUGUCCUGACUUCAACAUUCAGAUUAAACUCUGAAUUUUACAUUAAUUAUUGUGGACAUUUCCUUUUAAGGCUGGAUAAAAUGUGAAAAUUCCAACUUUUAUCAAAGACAUGCAUGUGCACUGCACUCCUCAUACCUGUACCUGCAGAUGAUGCCAUAAAUGCAUGUUUGAAAGAGAAAUAUUCAUUCUUGCAGGUAUGUUUUUGUUUUAAAUAAAAAGGGCCUUUGUAACUGAAGUAUGUUUAGGUUUAAAGCAGAGCAUUCUAAUUGUUCUGGUUUAAGCAUUUGUUAUAUAGCCUCAUAAAUAUUUUAUUAUAUGGGUGCUAUACUUGGUAUUUGUAGGCUGUAGUUUCAGCUGGAAACCAUUCCCUAUAAUUACCAGAUGCUUUUUCAGUCCUAUGUUUUUUUUCCUUGGGCUGUGUGUUAGUCAUAACUGAAUGUUUUUAGUGUGCAUGAGGAAAGGGAAUAUUUUUUUUGGUAUAAGUGUGUUGAGGGGCAUUUAUUGGGUUAAGAUGUGGCAGGAAAUUUCUUUAGGAAUACAUGUAUACUUUGAAUUAUUUGCCAUAGUAUUUAAAUAGAAAGUACAGCAUUUACAAUACUGUAGUUUCUGUAAUACUGUUAUUGUCCUCAAGGUAAGGAUGCAUUCAGAAUUACAGCAGACAUUAGUUUUGACCUUAACCAAAGACAUUUCUAAAAAUUUAGGCAUAAAAAAAAAUUUAUGAGUAUUUUUGACCUGCUGAAAAGAAGUGAUUUUAAUUUUUGUGUGUGCAAAGCAUAGCCUGAGCAGUAUCAUAUAAUAUUAAUCUUAUGGGCAUGUCCUGUCAUGGAGUCUUAUGUCUGUAUCAUACAUAUAUCAGCUGGUAUCUGAAAUUGAUCUUUUGUUCAAAAGAUCUGAAACCCAAUUUUCAUGGAUGUAAAAGCCUAUUUACCAUUAUUGUUUGUGGUAAAUCAAUAUGCUGCCAGCACUUUUCAGAACACUAUAGGGAUUUUUAUGAAUGCUAUAAAAACUUGCUAAACCACAAGUUUUCUAGCUAUCAGCUAUUGAUUUUGGAUUAUGUCUGUGUAUGUUGUUAGCAUUUCAAAUACCCAAUUUUAAUUAUUAAAUGCUCAAUGAUAAUAUUAGUAGUAGACUGUUCAGUGGUAUUAGCCAGUAAAGCUUUUUUUAAAAAGCUGUUGCAAAUUUAUAGGUGAACCUAUAUAUAUUGCACACAGCUUUGAAUAGUAAUUUAUGCAGAAGGAGUUAAGCAUGAGAAAAAAGCUGUGGAAAAGAAAUUUAUUGUAAUAAACUGCAGCAUAUGAUCUUAAAAUAAAUUUUUGGAUUUCCAUGUGAACAGUUUUGUUUCUUUUUUUGUACAGAAAGUCUAUGAUUUCUGUUAGUGCUUUUUAUGUUGUAUAGCAGUUGUAUUUAUGGCAGUAGUUUGAUAUAUUUUAAAAUUCCCUUAGGAAGCUAAACUCUCUUUUUUUGUGACCAGCACAUUUCAGACAGAAUCUUGCCUUGUUAUGAAUCAGAUUAUUUUAGUUGAAGGUCAUUUUUGCAUUAUUUCAGGUACAAAAGUUUUUGUAUAGGCAUUGGAUCAACAUAUUUUAUUAUAACCUGUUCAUCCCAGCAUUAUAAGUAAGAAGGGUGUAUCAUGAAUUGGGAUUUUUUUUCCACCAGAUGCCAAUGAGUGGAUGACAUUCUUGUAUAUGCACAUCUAUUCUGCAUUCCUCCUGGGAAUUCAGUUCAUGUUCAUACAUCUUUUAUACUAUUUGUCUCCCUUACCAGUCUGAAAAUGAUAAAAUCUCUUCAUACUUCAGCUUGUCAGUCCAGCUGAUACCACGAGCUGGGAAGUGACCUCCAGUCUGUAUGAUGAUCUUUACCUUCUUCUGCCUUGAUCUUGUUUCUCCUGGCUGUGUAUGGUAAGCACUCUGUUCUUUCUUUUAACUUUCCUUGGCACAAAGCAUACACAGCUAUUUAAUAAUAUGAAGCUUUUGAUGGAUCAGGAAUCAAACUCCAGAAUUCUAGAUGCGAGAAGUGGCCUGCUUUGUUUUGUGUUAUAUUUGGAUGCCAAGAUUUCUGAAAUAAAAUUGCAUUUACGGGUACUUGGUAGUAGGAUCAUAAUGCCUAGGAUCUUGAUGCCCUUUCCACCAGAAAUGGUCACAUCUACAUUACACUAAACAUAAAUUGUUUGAAUAUUCCUUCAGUUAUCAUUGCCAGUACCGUAGCAUUUCAGAUUUUCAGCUUGUUCAUGUUAAUUUGAAAUUAGUCAUUUUGCAAUGUAAUAAUCCUGUAUAUUCCUCCAAACUGUUGCACAAAAGAAGAGAAAAAUGCUGUUGUACAUUCUGUGCUUGCUUGCCUGUGCACAUGCAUGCACUUGUGUUUUCAUUGUUUAUCUCCCAUCAUGUGAUCUCUUUAAUCUGACAUUUUAUAAGCAUGAAAUUUCUUAUUAAUACCCAGGGAAAGUAACUGCAGCACUGAAGAUUAUUUAACCUGCAAAGUAGGGCAUCAACUUAUUCCUGACUUCAUCUAGUCAUAACACCAUUUUUACUGUAGGUUAAAAACACGUUAUUAGCUCUGUCAACUUUUGCAAUAUACUCAUUGUGAUAGUGUGUGCAUGUGUAUGUACUUGUGGCCAUCAAUACAAGCGCCUAUGUUUGUUUUGUGUUUCAGCAUCAAAAGCUGGUCUGCUGAUAACAAGUAUAACACUUCCAGACUGUUCUUUCUUCACAUUUUUUCUGACUAUAUAAAUGUUUUGGCUAGCUUUACAGCGCUAGCAUCAGUCCUUGUAAGCCUAAUGUUGAGUGUCUUGAUAACAGUUUGUACUUUCAGAGGGACUGUGAAGGUAAUAUCUUUUUUCCUGUGAAAGUUCUGUCUCCAUUUGUAUUCUAUUGUUGUAGGAGGUGGAGGAAGACAUACAUCUUCUCUUUAAGUUCCAGUUUUGGCAUGCUGCAGUUAGACUAUAAUUACACUCAUUUUUUUGGAAUUUGUGGUAUUGUGUAAAACAUAUUGAUGGUAGCGACUGAAUGACAUUUCAAGAACUGUAGGAACAUGUUUUGUGCAGUCUUGAAAUUCUCAUACCUUGCUUAUUGACCAGUUUAUGAAAGACAUUUAAAUGGGGAAAGCUGAUAGACAUGUAAUGAUAAAGAAACCCUGCCAUUAUUUAGUUGUUUCUUAUGUUUUUGACACUGGAUCCUGUAACCUUUUACAGACUUUUGACUAUCUUUACGUUUCCCCAAGCUGAUUUUUGAUUUGAUAAUUAGCAGAAAGAAAAACACAUAGACAAAUAGAGUUUUUCAUCCUGAUUUUAAUGAUACCAAUCUUUUUUUCUAUGGUCAAAUAGUUUCCAGAUUAUAAUAAUUUUUGAAUAAUUUUCUUCUUAAAACUAAAAAUGAAUAAAAUGCUUAUUUUGAAAUGCAAGUGCACUAACAAUUAAGCACUAAACACUUAAAAUCAUCCUCUGGUAGCACUACCUAAUCAAUAAGCUUAAUAAUGUACUACAUUAUUAAGAAACACAUAUGCUUACUGUUAUGUUAAAUACAUAUAAUGCAGUUAAUGCCAGAAAACAUACUUCGUGCUUUUUUUUUCUUUUUGUGAUUGGUUCACUUUUUGCAAUGCAUCACUAUUAUCUACUUCUGUUUGCAUUAUUGGGAGCUCCCAUAAGUAAUAAACCAAACACACCGAUAGUUACACUCACAUUUAACAUGCACACAAAUGAAGGGUUCCAAUUAUUAGGACUGCAUUAGGACCCCUUCUAUCUCCCUUCUCUGAAUUUUCAUUACAAGAUGGUUACAUUUAAUGAAAGUGAAACCAUGGGUUUAUAGAUUUAAAUUAUUUGUAAAGAACAAAAUAAUGUGUCACAGAAAAAGUUGUCUUGCUGCAUAAAAUGAGUGCGUUGAUAUCAUUUUUUCAACUUUGCUUAAUAUUGGAGCGUUUAAGGUGAAGGUAAUUAAAUCGGUGUUUUUGUUUAUUAUUACUCCUCAAGGAGCAUAGGGCCACAACACCUCGCUAGAAGACCCAGUUUUGGGCAGCCCCACUCAGUGGGCCCAGAGUAGUUCCAAUGUCUUUAAAUGCUUUGUUUUGUAAAAUGCAAGGGGUGAAAUGAAAAAUGAAACAGAAAUAACAUGAUAUCAAAUCCUUUAAAGAGAGCAUUAUCAUCAUAAUUAAAUAAGCACUUUUUGAAACCAAUACUUAUUUUUGGCAUUAGAUACGCUUUCAGAAUUAGAGUGACAGUUACAAAUUCACUGUGUGUCACCACCGCCGUUCAGAGUUUGAACUAUUUUGAAAAAAUUGUAAUGCUGAUCCUGUUUAUUUCGUUAGUCUCUUCUAUCUAUUGAAAGGUGUAUGAAUCCUUCAGUAUUGUUUACAUUUUGUUACUUAACCAUAAAGAAUGUUACAUGUAACUAAAAUUAAGUGUUUACAGAUUAGUUUUACUUUUAACUUUACAAAUUUUCAUUAAAAUGCUUUUUGUUGUCAAAGCUUUUGUCAGAAACAGCUAUAAUCAGUGGCGUAAAGACAUUUUUUAAUGAUUCAUCAUUAUAUAUUAAAAGCAUAGCUACAUGCUCAUGCAAAAGGUUUUGUGUGUGUGUGCUUACAAAAUUACACUGGAAAGUGCAGAAUUUUGUUACAGGAUCCAGAUUAACAUUACAUUGUGCUUAUUGAGUUGUACUGUUUUGAAUUUAGGCGGAGUGACCUGUGUUAAGAAAGCAAUUGCUGCUGUUUCCCCUCCAUAUUACAGAAUUGACUGGUGUUGUUAGAAUACAUCAGAAUAAUGUUAAGUUAGAAGUAUUUGCUAGUACUGUUACACAAUGUUGCAUUUUAACUUGGUUUCCAUAGUUCUUUUUCAUACUACUGUUACUCCUCCAGAGAAUUUUUUUUUUUUAUUCAACACAUCUCACUGACUCUUAACACACAUCCAUCGUGCACAGAGCUACACUAUGCUAUGUUUUGAUGACAGUACUUGUCAUUAGCUCACACUAGUCACAUGGGAUACAUUUAAGCAAUAAAAGCUCACUCUUUGCGUUUCUCGCUCUCACAUAUGCCCCACGUCUAUGCUUGUAUGCACACAGAAAAAGGAUUUUUUUUAUAUUAUUGUAAAGGGUCUGGAUUUUAUAGUACAUCUUUCCCUUUUCUGUCGUUAACUUUUCAAGUUAUUUGUUAUUAUUUAGGAAUAUUUUAGGAUCGGUUUUAACUCGACAGUGUUGUGUGUGUAAACACCUGUUCCAGAAUGUUUUCCUGGAUAUGUACAAAAUCGCUCAUUCAAAUACUUAAAUCGUUUUUCAUCUUUGUACAUAUCUAGUUCACACUGAUGCCCAGGUAAAGCAACGAUAACUGAUAUUACAGAUGCUGAUGAGAAAGAAUGGAAACAUGAUUUUAAAAAAUACAGUGCAAUGCAGCAUGUUUUGUGACUUGUUCUUGCCCGCGUGAGCAUCUGAAAGUUGAAUCUCUUGUGACACACACACACACGGCUUGGAGUCUGCGAAGCUGGUGCCCGCAACGUAACCAUGAGACUUUUUUUUUUUUUACAAACGCAUUGGGUUUGUUAUAGUUGAUCUUCUGUCAAAGGACAUCAAGACAAAAA